AUGGCACCAAAUACUAUACACUCCCUCGAUCGACAGGAAAAACUCACCGACGUGCUGAAAAAAGACGAGGCGCAAUGGAAAGAUGAUUGUUUACCAUGUCGACUUACCGGAUCCACGGCAUUCAUCGGCCUAGGUAUCUACAGUUACUUUUCCGGGCAAUCCCAACUAAAAGCUCAAGAAGCGAAAAUCCUCAAGAGCAAAUCCAUGUUUGGCAUGAAGAGUCGGCAAACUGGUAUUACUGGUAUUGCAUUGACGCUUGUUGGCAUGGGACUUUGGAGAUUGAAGAAUUAG